AUGAGCUCUCGUAGUGAAACUACUGAAUCUGAACGUUUAUUGGUUGUAAAAUGGUCAAAAGAGGGCAAAUAUCUUCGAGAAAUCGCUUCGUUGAUUGGUGUAACUCAUGGUUGUGCCCAAAAAAUACUACAGAAGUAUAAAAAAACUGGAUCUGUGGCCAAUAUUCCUGGAAGAGGACGUAAAGAAACAGUGAGUAUUACAGUGAAGAGGAAGAUCAUUCACUCAGUAAAGAAAGAUCCGAGGGUGAGUGCAUCUAAGCUAGCUUUAUCGAUGUCCUCUACAAUCGGAAAAAAGAUCUCAGAUGAAACAAUUCGACGUACCCUUCACCAAUAUGGAUUUCAUGACCGUACACCAAUACGAAAGCCACUCAUCAAGUAUAUGAAUAGACAAAAGAGAGUGACUUUCGCCAAAGAACAUCGUUUAAAGCCUAUUUCUUUCUGA